GGUGAGAUUUUUCUGUGUACUUUUGUGAGCGACGCAGCGGCAGCGGACUGUGUUGUUCUAAGUGAGGAGACGAGCAUAGAGAGGCUGAAAUCAUGAAGCCACUUUUACUCGGAGUACUGGGCUGCUCUCUGGUUCUGGCUGUCCAAGCUUUGUACUCGGCUAGUGAUGAUGUGAUCGAGCUCACCCAAUCCAACUUUAACAGAGAGGUGAUCCAGAGUGACAGUCUGUGGCUGGUCGAGUUUUAUGCUCCCUGGUGUGGCCACUGUCGAAAUCUAGCUCCUGAUUGGAAGAAGGCAGCUACUGCCCUCAAGGGUAUUGUCAAAGUUGGUGCUGUGGAUGCUGACCAGCACAAGUCACUGGGUGGCCAGUAUGGUGUCAGAGGGUUCCCCACCAUCAAGAUCUUUGGCGCUAAUAAGAACAAACCAGAGGAGUACCAAGGUGGACGCAGCAGUCAGGCCAUCGUGGAUGGAGCCAUGAACGCUCUGCGUAACCUGGUGAAAGAGAGGCUGAGCGGCAGGUCUGGUGGCUCUGACUACAAACAGCAGAGCGGUGGUGGUGGCGGCAGCAGUGGUGGGAACAAGAAAGAUGUGGUCGAGCUCACUGAUGACAACUUUGACAAGUUGGUGUUGGACAGUGAUGAUGUGUGGCUGGUGGAGUUUUUCGCCCCCUGGUGUGGACACUGCAAGAACCUGGAGCCUGAAUGGGCAGCUGCAGCCACAGCUGUCAAGGAGCAGACCAAGGGCAAAGUUCGCCUCGGAGCUGUGGAUGCUACUGUACACCAGGGUGUGUCCAGUCGCUAUGGGAUCCGUGGGUUUCCCACCAUCAAGAUUUUCCGCAAAGGUGAGGAGCCAGAAGACUACCAAGGAGGUCGCACCCGCGGUGACAUUAUUGAGAAGGCUUUGGAUCUGUUUUCUGACAAUGCUCCUCCUCCAGAACUGCUGGAGAUUCUCAGUGAAGACGUCUUAAAGAAGACCUGUGAGGACAGUCAGCUGUGUAUAAUUGCUGUCCUGCCGCACAUCCUAGACACAGGCGCGGCAGGUAGGAACAGCUACCUGGAUGUGAUGAUGAAAAUGGCUGAGAAGUACAAGAAGAAGAUGUGGGGCUGGCUGUGGACCGAGGCAGGGGCUCAGAUGGAGCUGGAAUCCUCUCUUGGUAUUGGUGGUUUCGGCUACCCUGCCAUGGCUGCCAUCAACACACGCAAGAUGAAAUUUGCUCUGCUCAAGGGUUCCUUCAGUGAGACCGGUAUUCAUGAGUUCCUCAGGGAGCUUUCUGUGGGCCGUGGCUCAACUGCCACAUUGGGAGGUGGCGUCAUGCCCAAGCUUCACACUGUUGAACCAUGGGACGGCAAAGAUGGACAGCUUCCCGUGGAGGAGGACUACGACCUCAGUGAUGUAGAACUCGAUGACUUCAAGGACGAGUUAUGAGUCCAAAUGGGGCAGGACUGAUCCAGACUAUCUGCGUUUGGUCUGGUCUGGUCCUGUGCGAUCCACCUCCCCUCUCCUGUGGACGAAUGGGAGGCCCAGUCGCCCAGUUACUGAAAUAUUCCUGAAAAGACACAUGAGAGACACCUGCGGUUUCUCACAUCAUCUUGUUAGUCACAAGGAGGACAGGAAGGAGGGGAGAGUGUGUCGUGUCCUCUGAGUGAACUCUUUCUCACAUACCUGCUGAACGCUAGAUGCCGCAUAUUUAAAACAGCUGCCGCCCACUGAGGAGAGGAGGGUGGAGCUUCCGAAUGUCACAUUUUUGUCAUAGUUUCACUUUUUAAAACAUUGCCUUUCCUGCCCUCGUCAAGCACCUACUUUGAGAUGUGGACUUGUCAAAUUAACACUUAAACGUCCCACCUGAUGUGACUAAAUUUGUCUCUUUUUAAACCAGUGACUGAGGAUGUUGGUGAGUUUGCAUCAUGUGUGUCCAGGACAAAUGGGGAUACCAAGGGGGGACUUCUUGUGUAGAUUUUUCUUACACAACUUUAUUUCAAUUGUGUGAAAACAAAAGGACAUUUUUGUUACAAAAAUAAAAAGAAAUUAA